AUGCGGGCCACCUGUCGGCUGGCGCCUGACGGUGACAUGGCAGUAAAGAGAACAGGGGAGGAGCAGAGGGGGGCAGCAACAGCCAGCAAGUGUGAGUACCGGCUGGUGGCCAAGAAGGGCGAGGGCACCUUCUCGGAGGUGCUCAAGGCGCAAUGCAUCAAGAACAGCAAGUAUGUCGCCAUCAAGUGCAUGAAGAACCACUUCGACUCCCUCGAGCAGGUGAACAACCUGCGCGAGAUCCAGGCGCUGCGGCGGCUGUCCCCCCACCCCAACAUCGUCAAGUUGCUCGAGGUGCUCUACGACCAGCCGACGGGGCGGCUGGCGCUGGUGUUCGAGCUGAUGGACAUGAACAUCUACGAGCUGAUCCGCGGGCGGCGGCACUACCUGGGCGAGGAGCGGGUGAAGCACUACAUGUGGCAGCUGGUGAAGGCGAUGGACCACAUGCACCGCAACGGCAUCUUCCACCGCGACAUCAAGCCCGAGAACAUCCUCAUCAUGGACGACUGCCUCAAGCUCGCCGACUUCGGCAGCUGCCGCGGCAUCUACAGCGCGCCGCCCUACACCGAGUACAUCUCCACGCGCUGGUACCGCGCGCCCGAGUGCCUGCUCACGGACGGCUACUACACGUACAAGAUGGACAUGUGGGGCGUCGGCUGCGUCUUCUUCGAGAUCGUGUCGCUCUUCCCGCUCUUCCCCGGCACCAACGAGCUGGACCAGGUGCAGAAGAUCCACAACAUCGUCGGCACGCCGCCGCCCGAGCUCCUCGACAAGAUGAAGAAACUAGGGAGCCACCACCUGGACCUGGACUUCCCGCCCAAGGAGGGCUCCGGCAUCGAGAAGCUCAUCCCGCACGCCCCGCCCGACUGCGUCGAGCUCAUCUGCAAGCUGCUCGCGUACAACCCCGAUGACAGGUGCGCGGGCCGAAAAGCAGGCUCGGCGCUGCGCCGCGCCCUCGCUCUCCUCGUGUCCAGCAUCUAG